AUGGUUUUAGAUAUUAUUGAUAUUGUCAAAGGAAAAAUAGUUAAUACAAUCAAGUCAAGUGCACGUCCAAUAUCUAUUGGACAUAGUGAAAAUAUUCUUUUUAUAUUAUUUGAUAAUGGAAAAAUUAGAGUAUAUAGAACAAAUGAAUUGGAUAAUAAUAAAAAAUCAACAGUUUUGUUUCCUUCUUUUAAACAACAAGUCAAUAUAAAAACAGUUGGGUGUUGGGGAGAAAAAGGAAUUGUUUGUAUUUCUAAAGAGAAUAAAGUUACUUUUUUCAACGUAUUAUCAUCAGAUUUAUCAGUAAAAAAGAAUUCUCUUGAACCUCAAACUAGUUCUUUACAACUUGAAUUCACUUCAGAAUUACCUGUUGCAGUAAAAAGUUAUGGAGAAAUAGUUAUCGCUUAUAAUCAGAAAGAAAUGAUUUUGUUUAAAGAAAGUGGUGUUAUUAAGAAGUUUACUACAAACGAGUGUAAUAUUCAAUUUUUUAGAAAUGUUUCGAUUUACAAUCAAAGUGUUAUUGUUUCUGAUCAAUUUAACAUAGGACUAAUAAAUAUAGAAACAUUACACACAUCAUUCAUUUUUAAUCCAAUAGAAGAAGAAUGUAAUAAUAUUGAAUUUGUUAGUUGGAACUUUGUAACUAAACAAUUAGUUUUUUUUGUAAUAACUACUAACAUGGCUGCAUUGUUUAGCAUUGACCAAACAAAACAAUCAGGAGAGUUAAAGUUAAUUAUUGAAUAUGGUUAUUUAUUUCCAAACAUUGAAUUAAUACAUAUUACUAAUGAUGGAUUUAUGAUUAAAAGUAGUGGCAAAUUCUAUAUUUGUAAUUCCAACCCAGAAAAGUAUAAUUCUCCUUAUUUUGAAUUAUAUCAACUUAAUACUGAAACUAAAGAAUUAACUCUUAAAAGAAAAGCAACUUCUUCUAUUGAUUUAGUUUCUCAACAACGUUCACCAAAGUUAUUAAAUCAUUUUCUUUUUAAUAGUACAUCUCUUAGUACAAGAGAUUCACAAAACACUCAUUAUCAAAACCAAAAUCAUAAUUCUCAUAUUCAACCAUCAAUUACUCAAACACAAACAAAACCUCAACAAGAAAAUUCUGCUUCGAUUAAUUUAAGAAAUCAUAUUAAUGAAGCAUUUAGUUUUGGAGAAACCCAACAUAAAAUAGAAAAUCAAAGACUAAAAACAAAACAACAAGAAGACCCCUCGGAAAUUUUAAAAACUAGAAUUGGAAUCACAUUAAAUUUGGCACAAAACCAAAUAAGAAAACAACUAAAUGAAAAUGGAUCAUUUACAGAUUACACUCCAAAACUACCACCAAAAAUGAAUCAAACAAAUUCAAAAAUUGUUGACCCUUUUAAGUCAGUUGUAAAUAAAAAAAUUAAUCAAGAAGUUUCAUCAACAAGCCCUCUUCCUACUCCUCUUCCUACUUUUCAAUACACACAAAACCCUAUGGCAACACAACCAUUACCAAAACAGUUAGCAACACAACCAUUACCAAAAUAUUUUUCAUCACCUAUUGGUGAAUUAAGAAAUUUUGAAUAUAAUUAUGAUACUCUUGAAAGGAUUGUUGAUAUAAAAGAUUUAAAGUGUUUUGGACUUGGUAUUGGUCCUAUUAUUUGGAUGAAAGGAGAACUUGCUUCAUCAAAUCCAAGAUUAUUUGUUUGUUCUGCAAGUUCAGAAAUUAAUGAAGUAAUAUUUUCAGCAACAAUGGUACCUUUACAGUGCUUUCAAAAAGAAACUAUGUUUUCACCACCAGUACUUUAUGAAAUGAAAAAUGGAGCACUGUAUAUAUUUCCACAAAAACAAAAUUCAUUAUUUUCAUUAAAACAAGGAUAUAUUGAAUCUUUAAUUCCAAGUAAAAAUAAAGAAAUUUUUCCUCAUAAUGAAAGUUCUGUUCUUGAAAUUCCAUUAGAAGAUGAAACAGUAAUUAAAGUUAUUACGUUAAAUGAUAAAACAACAAUUUGUUAUGGAAAAUGUUUUACUGAAGUUCCAGUUAAAAGUUCAGAUAUUAAAACAAUUAAAACAUAUCAAAAAGUUAUUGGAUGUUGUACAAUAAAUAAAUUAUUAAUAAUAUAUCCAUGUGGUGUAGAUAUAAUUCAAUUACCACCAAAAUUUGUUGACUUUGCAUUAACACCAUUUGGUUGUAUUACUAUUCAAGAAAGAGGUGGGGCAUAUGUUAUUUGUUCACAAACAAAAGCACUUUAUCAAUUAAAAUUUAAAAAUAAAGACAAUGGAAUAGAUCUAUCUUUUUGUUCAUGUUUUUAUGAUGAUAAAAUACUCUUUUUAGGUGAUAAAAAUGGAAGGGUUUAUUAUUGUUUCAUUGAGUCAUACAUUUCAUUUUAUUUAACAAAUUAA